AUGAAGAAGUUUGUGACCAUAGUGCUCCGCGGCCUGGUCAGCCUCUCGAAGGACCGUACCUGGGUGAAGGAGCGCCACCGGCCGGGGAAGAAGGAAGGCCGGAGGAGAAGGACAGCAGUUAAAGGGGGAAGUGCCACGGGCAGAAACGGCAACUAUGGGAGGGUGAUGAUCCUGACAGUGUACCUAAGUGAUGGGGAACAGGCACUGACCGAGGUGCCCAUCACCCCUGAGACAUCGUGCCGCGACGUGGUCGAGUUCUGCAAGGAGCCUGGCGAGAGCGGCUGUCACCUUGCCGAAGUGUGGCGAGGCAACGAACGAGCAAUCCCCUUUGAGCACAUGAUGUUCGAGCACCUGCAGAAGUGGGGACCCCGAAAACAAGAGGUCAAGUUCUUUCUCCGGCACGAGGACUCACCCACAGAAAGCAGUGAUCAAGGGAGCCAGCAAUCUCAAGAGCAGGCCAACCGUAGAAGUGGAGAUAAGCACAAUGAGAAUGGGGUGGGAACCCCCCGUGUGGAGCUCACGCUCUCGGAGCUGCAGGAGAUGGCCACACGGCAACAGCAGCAGAUCGAGGCCCAGCAACAGAUGCUUGUUGCCAAGGAGCAGCGUCUGCGCUACCUGAAGCAGCAGGAGCGGCGGCAGCAGCAGUCUGUGUCUGAGAGCGAGAAGCUGCAGAGGCUCAAGGAGCGCGUGGAGAGCCAGGAGGCCAAGCUUAAGAAGAUCCGCGCCAUGAGGGGCCAGGUGGACUACAGCAAAGUCAUCAACGGCAACCUGUCGGCAGAGAUUGAGCAGGUGAGUGGGCUGUUCCAGGAAAAGCAGGUGGAGCUGCAGUCAGCUGUGUUGCGGGUGGAGCAGCUGAGUCUGCAGCUAGAGGACCUGCGGCGGGGAAAGCUCAACGGCCUGCAGUCCGCACUAGGAGGACAGGUCACCAGCACUGCAGCCCUGGAGCUGCGCAAACUCUACCAGGAGCUGCAGAUCCGGAACAAGCUGAACCAGGAUCAGAACAGCAAGCUGCAGCAGCAAAAGGAUCUGCUCAACAAACGCAACAUGGAGGUGACCCUCAUGGACAAGCGCAUCGGCGAACUGCGGGAGCGCCUCUAUAAGAAAAAAGCUGAGCUAAACAAGACCAACGGGCCUCCCUCUCCCCAGCCGGCCCCAGGGACUCUGGGCCGGGUGGCAGCCGUGGGCCCCUACAUUCAGGUCCCUCUGCCGGGUAGACAAGAGGGAGGCUACACUGGACCCCCCGAACCUUUGAAACCCCAGACGCUGGGUGUCAACGCCCCAGCCAAUCAUGCCCGCUCCAAAUCAGGGGCGGACACAGUGCGAAAGCCCCUCGGCCCGUGGAAGGUGUCUGAUUUAGACAUCGUGGUGGACCCACUGCCCCCUUCCCCUCCAGAGGCGCGCUCGGGUGGCUCGGACGGCAUGUCCCCUAAUGAUGCUGGCUGGCCCACCCUUGGCAAGGGCAAUGCCUCUCUCAAGCCCCCCGACUGGCCAGAGUCUGGGCCAGACACACAGGGAAAGAUUCCCCCUCCGGGCUCCCCUGCUGCUACCACAGCAGACAAGGUGCUGGACUCCAACAAGAUGACUAUCUCCUCCCCGGUGGCCCCUUCCAAGCCCCAGCCCCCCUCCCUACGGCUCCCAUCUAACUUCUGCCGGCUCCACCAGUUCUCUGGACCGCCGGCCAGGCCAGCUCCCCAACCCCCCCGGCCUGUCUGGCCCCGUGUUCCCCCCUCCACCGGCUCCUCCUCCCAGCAGAUCCAGCAGCGCAUAUCGGUGCCCCCCAGCCCAACCUUCCAGCCCAACUCACCUCUCUUCCCACGGGUCUUCCCGGGGGAUCGGCCUGACCCUGUCCUGGCCAUUGCGGUGCGCCCCUUCGUCCCAGACAGAGGCUCCCGGCCCCAGUCGCCACGCAAGGGCCCGGCCACCAUGAACUCCAGCUCCAUCUACCACAUGUACCUCCAGCAGGCGGCGCCCAAGAGCUACCCUCUCAAGCCUGCGCUCAAAGCAGUGUACGGGAAGCCCGUUCUCCCCUCCGGCUCCACGCCGCCCUCCCCCCUGCCCUUUAUGCUGACAGGGGGGCCCUUCCCCGGGCUCCAGGGGCCGGCCGGUGAGGACACUGGGGACAGAGAGGGCCCUGACAUAGACGGGGCCCCGGAUACCCCCCCGCCCAAUGUGGAGAAUAUCCCGCGACCCCUCAGCCCCACCAAGCUCACCCCCAUGGCCCACUCACCCCUUCGCUACCAAAGCGACGCCGACCUGGAAAUACUUCGCAAGAAGCUGGCGAACGCCCCGCGGCCCCUCAAGAAGCGAAGCUCCAUCACUGAGCCAGAGGGCCCAGCCGGGCCCAACAUCCAGAAGCUGCUCUACCAGCGCUUCAAUACCCUGGCUGGCGGCAUGGAGGGUGGUGGCGCUGGAGCAGGGGGAGUCAGGGCGGGCGGCACGCCAUUUUACCAGCCCGCCAACCCACCCGACUACCCCGGUGACUCGUUGGCAGAUGCUGACAACGGGAACCCGCCAUGUGAGGACUCACUCCCUCCCCCACCACCAGCCGUGGCAGAGGGGUCGUCCUCAGAGCCCCUGACGCCGCCUGACGCCAAUGACAACAAGCUGUGCCCCCACCACCGGCCCCCGAGGUGAUUAGCCCCCCCUGCCCCGGAGGCCUCGGAGGAUACCAACAACAAUAUCCUAGGGGGAGUCUCGGUGGCCACCCUGCCUAGCCCUGUGCCUGAGGUCAGCUCUCCAGAGGAGGUUGCCACCACCCCCUCACAGCAAGUGGAGAAGCGAACUAACCUGAAGAAGCCCAACUCGGAGCGGACGGGUCACGGCCUGAGGGUGAAGUUCAACCCCCUGGCGCUGCUGCUGGAUGCCUCACUGGAGGGCGAGUUUGACCUGGUGCAGAGGAUUAUCUACGAGGUGAAGAACCCCAGCACGGCCAACGACGAGGGCAUAACCCCACUACACAACGCAGUGUGCGCCGGACACCACCACAUUGUCAAGUUCCUGCUCGACUUCGGAGUAAACGUCAACGCUGCCGACAGCGACGGCUGGACACCCCUGCACUGUGCAGCCUCCUGUAACAGCGUUCACCUGUGCAAGUUGCUGGUGGAGUCAGGGGCGGCUAUCUUCGCCAGCACCAUCAGUGACGUGGAGACGGCGGCAGACAAGUGUGAAGAGAUGGAGGAGGGCUACAUCCAGUGCUCUCAGUUUCUGUAUGGUGUCCAGGAAAAGCUGGGCGUGAUGAACAAGGGGGCGGUGUAUGCACUGUGGGAGUACGAGGCCCAGAGCCCAGAUGAGCUUUCUUUCGGCGAGGGCGACGCCAUUACCAUCCUGCGGCGGCAAGACGACAGUGAGACCGAGUGGUGGUGGGGCCGCCUGGACCACAGGGAGGGUUAUGUACCCCGCAACCUGCUGGGGCUUUACCCCAGGAUAAAACCUCGUCAGCGCUCCCUGGCUUAGCCCCUCUGCCUCUUCCUUGGGUGAAAAACUGGACUACAGGCAGGUGUGGCCGAAGACUGGCGGAGUGGGGAGGCCUGGUGCUCCCCUACUGCCACAGUUUCCCCCUCCUCCCUGUAACCCUGGCUAUGGGACACCGGACAGUGUUCAACACUGACACACACACACACACACACACACACACACACACACACACACACACACACACACACACACACACACACACACACACACACACACACACACACACACACAGACCCCAGAAAAGACAGGAUCCCUCUGCUACCCCUUUUCGGUCGACCAAACCCCACUCUGCUCUCUCACUAUCUCCUUUCAGCUUUAUUUAAAUCUGUGUGUGUGUGUGUGAGAGAGAAAAGCUGGCGCACAAGGCUCAGUGGAGAUGCAAGCACUAACCAGUAGUGUUUUUUUUUGGACACCGCUCAGUUAUACAGCGGACAGGACAUUCACCCCUAGUGCUUACCUCUGACGGUUGAUGAUGUGUGUGUGUUUGGAGAGGGUAAUGUGUGCGUGUUUUGUGGUUUCUGUGUGUGUGUGAAUAGUUUAGAGGGCCUUGCGUGUAUGGAAAGUGUGUGGGUUUAAGGACUAGAGAGAGGGUGCUUGUAUGUGUACAAUAGGUGUGUGUGACAUGUGGAUGGUAUAUGUGUACCAGUGUUAAUUUAGUCAAUAACUAUGACAAAAUAAUAAUCAAGCUAUUUUUCCUGACGAAAACUAAUGAUGAUAGCGAGAUGCCAUGAAAAAAAACAAUAACUAACAAUUUAGUUUUCUUUUUAGUUGACGAAAAUGUGACUAAUGAACGUGUGACUAAUGAACAUUCAAUUUGACAUGAAGCUCCCUUUAGUCUGUUUUGUCCAAUCAUAAGCAUGCAUGCCUUUGCAGAAUAUUGAAUGCAAUCCUCUCAUUGGCUAAAUUAACGUCUUUCAGUUGCAGGGUUUGAUUGAGCUGAUCUGCCCGGCUCUCCCUCACAGCUCCCGGCGGUCAAUUAAGUCACUUGUGUAUCUUUUGAACUGAUGGUCAGGACACUUCAAUUGUAACUAACCUAAACUAGAAACAAUGUAGGCUAUUUUUGCUUUGAUCAGAAACGAUUUUCCCAUGUGUGCUACUAUUCAUCUGUGUUGCUGCUCUCGCGGCCCACUAAUACGAGUGCAGUUUUUUAAAUUGAGAAUAUGAAUGCCAUUUGUUUAAUAUUAGGAGUACAGUAAUAUUUCUGGCAUUGUUGAACAUCUCAGAUUCUCCCCCUUCAAGGGAGUCAAUGUUAUUUAUCCCCAUCCCAAGUUUAUGAUGGGAGAAAGAGCUGAAUACCUAAAUUGUUUCAUCUGUAGCCAAGGCUUUAUAGCCUGUAUGGUAAAUCAUGGCUGGAUUUGGUUACAAUCUGCCAGCUAUAUGAGGUGAUAACCUUGUCCAACUAGGCCUACUAUCUGAAUGUGCACAUGAUGACUGAAAGGUUAUGUAUGAUGAGGAGUUUAACAGGUCAAGAAUUUGUGUUUGCUGUGAAGAGGGGUGACAGUUUGAGGUCUGUACAAUGGUGUGCCAGAUAUUCUGAAUGUUAUGUACAAUCAUAACAGGGAUUUUGAAUUUCCCUCUAUCGAUAUGAACAAAUAGUACCUAUAUCAAUUCUGUAGGUCGCUUGCUAAGUAGCUUCCAAAUAAGCUGGAAUUUUAACUGUCCUAACUUACUUUUCCAUCAUAGCUUCUUUCCCUUCUCAAAUGAUAGGGAUUAUUUAGGGAUUUGACACUGCCCUUCCGCAUGACAAAACAAAAAGGCCUUAUUUUUUUUAAUUUAUGGAAAAUAACCUAUUUCUCAACAUAUAUUCCUGGAUUUUAGUCCCAGGUAAAGCACUCUUCGUUAGUGAAGUGUAUUGGAUUAUUGAAAUUUCCCAAACAAGAUCAAACUUUUUUUAAUCUUCUCACGGAAUGAAGCACUCAUCCCCUAAUUUUCUUGCGCCGUCAGGGCCAUGCUAUCAUAACAUACCCUUUUUAACUAUUUACAAUUUGUCACAUUAAGUGCCCUGCUUUAGUCAUAGAAGUUAUCAGCAAAAACACACUUUAUUUUACAAAAAAGCUUCACUCAACUUGUCAGCUCCUCCAAAGAGAUGUGUCCAACCGUUGCCAAUAUAGAUUGAGAUUUGAGAUAGAAAGUGGCGUAUGUGAUGAACAGGGAUGCAGUGUCCUAUGCGUUUGCUUUCGUGCAGUGAAGGAACUCUCCUUCAGGCAAGUGUGUGUGUGUGUGUGUGUGUGUGUGUGUGUGUGUGUGUGUGGUGUGUGUGUGUGUGUGUGUGAGAGAGAUACAUCAGGCCUCACUCACCAUAGAGCCAUGAUCAGGGGGGUCCUCACCACUUCACUUCAGGCGCGUGUGAAAGUGUUAUAAUUGAGCACUUGAUCAAACCCACGCUCUUACAAAUCCGAUGGGUGUGGCCAUUCAAACAGAAUGACAUUUACAUAACACUAAGGUAUUCUUUUGUUGUAUUACCCCUACUUUCCCUGCCUGACCUUGUUUCCAGUUCUGUGAGAUGAGAUUUGUACCUUGCCCGGCAAGGCCGGAAAAGAGCUUUACCCUAAUAAUCUCUGUAAAUACUGAGAUGAGUAUGUUUGACUGUCUGCUGUAUGAAGACUCAUUGACUCGUGGGGGUUCUGUAAGCGUUAAGGAUGCAGUACUUACACAUCCUGUUCUGUAAAUGUGCACAAUAAAAACAAUUCCCCGCAUGACAAA